AUGUCAAAAUGCAAAGGAUGCGGUAAAUACAUAGCACAAAAAGACAUUACUAAAUGUUCUAAAUGUCAGAACUAUUACCAUCGCACAUGUGCGCUCGCGGCUACACCAGGGGUUAAAUCUGUCUCGCCAAAAUGGAUAUGCGCGGGCUGCAAUGUUGUCUUAGCAACCCCGCCAGCUGUGGCGGAGGCAUGUGUGUCACCGCAGCCGAGUAAUUCACACGGCGCCACGGCAAGUAACAACUUGCCUAGGGAUUGCAACCCAGCACAAACAGUGGAUGUAAGCUUAAUACUUAAAGAGAUUCGUAUCUUUCGUGAAGAGAUUAAUGCUUUGAUAUCGGAAUUGCGUGAGUUUAGAGAAGAGAUGUUAAGCCUUCAAGCAGGUAAUAAGAUGUGCAACGAUAGAGUGGAUUUACUGGAGAAGAGAGUUGCUGCCUUAGAGGAGAAAUCGGAUCAACAUUUGUAUCCCGACCUCACAACAUUAGAGACAACCGUACGCGAUUUAAAACUUAAACUGAAUGAGCGUGAACAGGAAUCCUUGUUAAAUGACAUAGAGGUUUCUGGGGUACCCGAAUCGAAUGGUGAAAACGCAAAGCAAAUUAUAAAUAUGAUUUCCAUCAAACUCGGCAUUAAGUUGGAGGAACGGGCAGGAAACGGACGUCGUAAUUAUGAGGAAAGCGAAGAAAAGGCGCCUCGGCCGCGCGUCAUUGUCGUCCGCCUUACGCGCAGCACAGCUACAGCUUCUGCGCAGCGCUCGGCACAAUUAUCAUAUGAAAAAGCAGUGAAGUUAUUAAAAGAUCAUUUACAACUCGCACCAUCAGCCUUAGCGGAACGGUAUCACUUUAGACAAUGGAGGCAGAAUUGUGAAGAAAACAUUGCUAAUUACGUGGCAGGAUUAAAGAAGCUAGCGGAAGCUAGUGCACAUUUGACGGACACCGUAAUGAGAACCUGA